AUAAAUUAUAAUAUUAACGGAUGAUGUGGGGUUGGGAGUGUAGAGCUAAAUUGGUAAAACAAGUUCCAGCGAAGCCAACUAAAAGUCGUGGUCCAGUUUCCUGUGCUCUAAAAUGUCCAGGACCAAAUCACUAUGAAACACCAGAAAUAUUUUGUGGUAAAGGAUAUUCACUUAUAAAACGGGCUCCUGCAUUUACAUUUGGGCAUCGCACACCUUACUGUCAAAGUAAACCACCAAUUUUGAAAUCAGCUCCUCUGCUAGACACGAGUGGUUUCGGGCGAAAAGGUAAUUACAAAAUCAAACACGGUGUUGUAUCUCCUCGAAUUAAACCUCCAGAUGAGAAUAUGAAAGGUCCAGGACCUGGUAUAUAUAAACCUCGUAAUGAGAUAAUGUAUAAACGACCUCCAGUAUAUACCAUGCGCCCUGCAGCGAAACCGCCAUACCAACCAUGGGACCAGUGGACUCCAUCGCCAAACAUGUACUGGCCACGGAUGCCAGGAAAAAAGAGUUUUCCAGCAUUUACUUUUGGCAGUACUGUAAAAGAAUUGAGUACUCAAAUAUAUCCAAGUCCAGGUGACCAUGAGCCUAAAUUUGAAUAUGUUCAGAAAAAUAAACCAGCUUAUUCAUUUGGAGCACCUUAUAGAUCAUUAAAGCCUGCUAAAGUUCCACCUCCGAACACUUAUUGCGAGAAAAAGUUCAUGUACCCAAAAAGAACAAUUCCAGCUCCAUCAUUUGGUAUUCGCCAUACAAGGUAUCUUGGCAAGCAGCAAGAAUACCUUAAGUCAUCUAAACUAGACAUUGUAAUUCCUGGAGAAAUUUGAAAAUAUGUUGAAAAUUUGAAUUGCACGUAUUUGUCUCAUAAUUUUAGAAUAGUAUAUUAGAGAAGAUAAAGGAA